GAUGGAUAACUUCCACGACAGCUCCAUCUGGUGAACCAAUAAAUAAUUAACAAGACGUUGUGCGAUGCGAUGGCGAUGUGUAAUUUUUUUCCGUUCGUUGAUGAUAUAUUUUGGAUAUAAAACAUUAAUUCAUUGAAAUAAAACUCAUUUAAAACGGACAUAAUAUUAAUAAUACUCAAGUGCAAAGUGUGUCAGAAUACGUGUGUACGAAUAUCGAGACAGUCGGUAUGGAGGAGAGCUCUGAAGCACACAUGGAGACCGACGUGUCUUCUACCACCGAAGACUUGCCUGACAGGCAAGAGGUGACGGGAUCAAACGGCACCGUCGAGAUGGUCAUUGUUGUUGAAAAAGUUUGUGAAGAGGAUAUGAAUGAGAAUAAUAAAGAACAAUUGGAUAAUGUUGAUAGUGUUUUGGAGGUACCAGAUGAGCCCUCGGUGACAGCUACAGCAAGUGAGGAGGCCAAAACAAUCUCACCAACUAAACAUGUUGAUCCUGAACAAGCCAUACAACAACCUACUAUAAAAGCUAGAAUCACCUAAAAAAACUUUACCCAGCAGUCCACCUUCAAAUAAACAGGGUCCUGUUACAGUAAACACUGAACAAGAAACAGUUGAUUCCUCAAGUAAAUCAGAAGAAGCAAAGCCACAGAGUGUUGAUUCUAAUAGUGAAAUAACAGUAGAGAAUCUUGUAGAAAGUACUGAUUCACAAAAAAGUGAUGAAAAAUCAAACAAUGAGGAAACUCAGCCACAAGAGACUUCAAAAAUUAAUAAAGAUUUUAUUGAACCAGAUAAAACCAGCACAACAGAGAGUACAGAAAAUAAAAAUAAUGAGGAACCAGACGUACCAAACAACAAAAUACAAGUUGACACGACAAUGGAGGCUUCAAAUGACUCUCAAAUUGAAACAAACUCUGACACAUCUGAGAAAGAACACAGCAAGAGCAUAAGCAGAGAGUUGAAGUCAUUAAUAAAUUCUGCUAAGGAAUCUAAGAUUAUAAGUGAAUGUACUCAACUUACAAGUAAGACAAGGAAGUCACGAGUCAUGUUGGAGAGCCCUAACACUAGUCUUAACUCAUCUGUUGAGGCAGAUAAAAUUCAAGGAACAAGGAGGAACAGUAAUAACUCUCAGAAGAGCAACUGCAGUGAGAAAUCUGAUAAGAUGACAUUGAAGAGGUCCAUGAGGUCACAGAAUCCAGAGUUUGUCAGUAAAGUCAAACAGUUUUUGAACUCUGUUACUGGUAAGAGUCAAAAAGAUGAAGAUAUAACUGAUGAUGAGAUUGAGGAUAAAGUUUCCAACAAGAAUGAUGAGUCUCCAUCACACACAAGCACACCCAAGAAGAGGAAGUUAGAACUCAUUGUUAUGAAUAAGACAACAAAGCAUCGUUCGGAUUCAUAUUGUUGGAGAUGCCACUGGGCCGUCGAGCAGGUGAAUAGCGAAAAAGCGCACCAGCCCAUGCUGUGCACCGUCUGCCCAAAGUCCUUCCACUUCAAGUGUCUGUCUGGUGCAGAGAGGAACAAGAUCAGCAAUGAAAAGGCUUGGGUCUGUCCCGAUUGUCUGAUUGUGUUACAUGCAGAAAGCUCUGAGACUAG